AGUUGAAUGGGGGUGGAAUUCCACUAAAUAAACAAUCUGUCAACAAUUUCAACUGAAAAAAUUUCAAUGUAUAGUAAUAUUCAACUAAACAAAUCAUGUCAAAUGGAUCUAUGAAUAAUUUUCAUAACCAUAAAGAAGAAUAUUUUCUUCUUCUAUGUCCUUUGUUUCUUUCAUCCCCCACAAGUAAACAAGGAAACUUUUUUCUUUCACAGUGUCUCUCUUUGCUUUAGCUUUACCUCUUUUCUUGAUCAACUCUUUAGUGUUGUACUAGUACUAUAUAGUAAUCUUUUUCCUAAUGCUUUGAUCAGUUUUAACAAUCUUUAGGUACCCCUUUUUUUUAAUGAGUAUUUCAUUCCAAGAAAAUAGAAAAAAAUCUGAGAAAUUUUUGUGGUUUUAUUACUACUUAAUCCCCACCUAACUUAGACAGGGUUCUUGAUGGUACAAUAUUUGGGGUCUCAUUUGAAUAAGCUAAAGACACUUGUAUUUUUGGAGCAUAUAAUCAUGUUCUUUCUGACUACAUUGUACUAAAUAGUACAGUUUUUAUUCAAAUUCUUUUUUCUUGGUUGAAAUUCUUGCUUGAUAGACCAAUGAAUGGCUGUGUAAUUUGAUCCCUUCUGCAUUUUUUCUUGAGGAGGGAGAUGGGGUUGCUGCAAUUCUUGGUGAUUCUAUGUGGUUUUUCAGUCCAAUUAUCUGCAGGAUUCAACCUACAUACAUUGAAAACAGCAGCUUCUGCAUUUUUCAAGGACAGACAAAGUGAUCUUAGUUUUCAGAUAAAUACAGGAUCACGUAAAUCCCUCCUACAAGAAGAUUUGCCUCGCAGUCUAACUUCGAGCUGGAAGAGACAUGAUACUUUUGCUGUGGCACCCCAUCAUCUCAAGGCAUUUCACAGGACUCCACAGCCAUAUCAUCAUCCAACUAAAGCUACUUAUCACCACAAGAUCUUGGAACCAUUAAAUUACGCGGACGUACCUUCAGCUUCACCACAUUUUAGGAAUUCUGGCCGAAAGCAAGUACACAGUUCUGCAUCCGCGCCUACAAUUAGGCACCGUCACAGGAGAAACAAAUACAGUGACUUUACACCUGAACCAUAUGAUCUUCCUCAUCCACCCAGUUCAAGCUGGUCAGGUCCUUCAGUCUCUCCGUUCACUUCUCCUGUUCCUUCUUCAAUAAGUUGGGUACCUGCAUCAUCACCGAUAAUCCAACCUAGUCAUGCGGGAAUUCCCACGGGUACACCUACAAUAUCGCCAGCGAGUUCAUCUAUAAAAGGAAAGAAACUGAGAGCACCACCGUUAACUGCAAUGACACUGCCACCACCGCCUCCAAAUCAAGAUUGUAGUUCUUUGACAUGCACUGAGCCGUUGACCUACACACCUCCUGGAUCACCCUGCGGCUGUGUGUGGCCCAUUCAGGUAGCAGUGCGCCUCAGCAUCACACUCUAUACCUUCUUUCCUUUGGUAUCUGAGCUAGCCAAGGAAAUUGCUUUCGGUGUUUCUCUAAACAUGAGUCAAGUGCGCAUUAUGGGAGCAAAUGCAGCUGAUCAACAGCUUGAGAAAACAAUUGUACACAUCAACUUGGUUCCUAAAGAUGGAAAAUUUGAUGCUGCCACUGCUUUUACUAUCUAUCAGAAGUUCUGGAAGAGGAGGGUAUUCAUAAAGACUACAGAAUUUGGUGCCUAUGAGAUGGUUUAUGUCCGUUAUCCAGGAUUACCACCUUCUCCACCUUCACAUCUUCCAAGAAGUGCCAGUAUUGAUGAUCUACCAGUCUAUCCUGGCAAUGAAUAUGGUGGAACGACAAUCAAACCUCUGGGUGUAGAUGUGUCAAAAAUGAGAAAGAAGGGUAUAGCCAGAAAUAUGAUCAUUGUGAUUGUCAUUUCAUCAGUUACAGCCUUUGUUUUGUGCAUGGGAUUUAUUUGGCUUAUGUUGCUUAAGUUCGGAUGUCUUUCUCAGCCACCUGAGCAACCUCCCCAUAUUUUAAUCUCCUCCCAGGGGAAAACAUCAGGUGGUGCUGGAUCUACACUUGUGGGAAGUAAACCCAGCUCAAAAUCAAUGUCCUUCAGUUCUAGUAUUUUAGCUUACACAGGAACUGCGAAAAUUUUCAGUACAAACGAUAUAGAGAGAGCCACAGACAACUUCAACAUUUCAAGGGUCCUUGGGGAAGGUGGUUUUGGACUUGUAUACAGUGGAACCCUUGAUGAUGGGAGGAAAGUAGCAGUUAAGGUUUUAAAAAGAGAUGAUCGCCAGGGAAGCCGCGAGUUUUUGGCGGAAGUUGAGAUGCUUAGUAGGCUGCAUCAUAGAAAUUUGGUCAAAUUGAUAGGUAUUUGCACAGAGGAAAACUGUCGCUGCCUGGUCUAUGAACUUGUUCCUAAUGGGAGUGUAGAAUCACAUUUACAUGGAACUGAUAAAGAGGCUUCUCCUCUUGAUUGGUAUGCAAGAAUGAAGAUUGCAUUAGGUGCAGCUCGAGGAUUGGCCUAUCUACAUGAGGACUCGAGCCCUCGUGUAAUACACAGGGACUUCAAGUCUAGUAACAUCUUGCUAGAACAUGAUUUUACACCGAAAGUUUCAGACUUUGGCUUGGCUAGAACAGCACUGGAGGAGGGAAACAGACAUAUCUCCACGCAUGUGAUGGGCACUUUUGGUUACCUAGCACCAGAAUAUGCAAUGACUGGCCAUCUCCUGGUGAAAAGUGAUGUUUAUAGCUAUGGUGUAGUUCUCCUCGAGCUCUUAAGUGGACGGAAACCUGUGGAUCUAUCACAGCCCUCAGGUCAAGAAAAUCUUGUAGCCUGGGCUCGUCCACUCCUGACAACCAAGGAAGGUUUAGAAAUGAUAACAGAUCCCGCUAUAGAGUCUGAUAUCCCAAUCGAUAGCAUCAGCAAAGUUGCAGCAAUAGCAUCAAUGUGUGUACAGCCAGAAGUAUCGCACCGCCCUUUCAUGGGAGAAGUGGUUCAAGCCUUGAAAUUAGUAUGUGAUGAAUUUGAUGAGACACGAGAGCCUAUGUCACGAAGUUGCAGCCGCGAUGACCUCUCUAUGACAGACACUUCACUUGUCCAUAAAUCAAUUCCAGGUUUUGAUUCUCCUUUAAAUGUCAAAAUGACAUUAUCAUCUUCAGAGUUAAAGAGUGCAUCAGCUAGAUAUGAAACACUGGAAUCUGACUCUUUUAGGAGACAAUUCAAUUCUGCUCCUUUGAAAAUGGGAAGAAAAAGGAAUUUCUGGCAAAGGUUGAGAGUUCUUUCAAGUGGCAGCAUGAGUGAACAUAGUUUUUCAUCAAAAACAUGAUGUCCUAUACUAUAUCAGAACAUAUAAUUGCUGUUCUUCUUGUCCCUGGUGUUAUCUUAUUUUGUCUGUAGAUAUAUUACCAUAAGAAAACUUGAACCUGAUAAUUUGUAGUAUUUUCAGUGACAAAUGAUUUAAAAUGUUCAGUUUAUCUACUCCCUCUCUACUUAAUGUGGGAAUAAAACUUUGUAGUUCUUUUUCCAAUGAGAAAUUCAUGCUUAUUUUGUACUAA